UCCUCUCUGUGAUCUAGUGAAUCCAGUGUGAGACAUGUCCGCAGACACCGGGGACAGACCGGACCCCCUGGCCGCGGCCGGCUUCCUGACCCGGCUCUUCUUGUGCUGGUUGCCCCCCCUGCUGCGCCUUGGCCGCACACGCCGGCUGGAGGAGAGUGACCUGUACGACCUUUUGCCAGAGUACCGGUCGGACGCCCUCGGGGGGACGCUGCAGAGGUUGUGGGAUCGUGAAGUCAGAAAAGCUACGAAGGAACUGAGGAAACCGAACUUCACCCGGAUUCUGACUCAGUGCUUCGGGAGGUCGUUUGCUCUGGUUGGGUCGAUUGCAUUUUCAAUGGAGGCCAUUAAAGUGAUCCAGCCACUUCUCCUGGGGAAAAUAAUCCUUUACUUUGAGAAUUACAACCCAGACGACAGCAGGAGUCUGUACCUGAUCGAGGGCAUGAAGAUGCGAGUGGCCACGUGUCACAUGAUAUACAGGAAGGCUCUGAGUCUCAGCAGUGAAUCCAUGGGACAAACCACCACUGGACAAAUCGUCAACCUCAUUUCAAAUGAUGCCAACCGCCUCGAUGAGAUUACACUCAAUCUGCACUACCUGUGGGUGGGACCUCUGCAGGCGAUGGUGAUCAUCGUUUUCCUUUGGUAUGAGAUCGGCCAGUCGUGUCUGGCAGGCGUCGCAGUCGUCGCCCUCAUGCUGCCAGUGCAGACCGUGUUUGGAAAACUCUUUGGCAUCUUCAGGAGCAGAACGAUUGUCCUCACUGACAACAGAAUCCGUAUCAUGAACGAAGUGGUGUCUGGCAUCAGGAUCAUCAAGAUGUACGCCUGGGAGAAACCUUUCUCUGCUCUGGUUACUGAAGUCAGAAGGAAAGAAAUCAGUCAGAUACUGAAGAGCUCUUAUCUACGAGGACUCAACAUGGCGUCCUUCUUUGCCAGCAGCAAGAUCAUCGUCUUCGUCACCUUCACCGUCUACGUCCUGCUGGGAAACACCAUCACAGCCAGCAGUGUGUUUGUCACCGUGUCCCUCUACGGAACAAUCAAGCUCACAGUCACGCUCUUCUUCCCUCUGGCUGUGGAGAAGUUGUCAGAGACGAUAGUCAGCAUCCGGAGGAUCCAGAAUUUCCUCCUGCUCGAAGAGGUUGAGAGAAAAAACUCUGGGCUGCCUCUGGAUGAAAAGAAUAUGAUCUCCAUUGAGAUUCAGAAGAUGACCUGCUACUGGGAUAAGAGUUUGGACGCUCCAUCGCUCCAGAAUGUCUCCGUCACUGUGAAGUCGCACCAGCUCCUGACAGUAAUUGGACCAGUGGGUUCUGGAAAGUCAUCCCUGCUGAGCGCGAUCCUGAGAGAGCUGCCUCACGACACCGGGACGCUGCAGGUCAAAGGUCAGCUGACCUACGUAUCCCAGCAGCCCUGGGUGUUCCCGGGAACCAUCCGCAGCAACAUCCUGUUUGGGGGAGAACUCAACCCCCAGAAGUAUGAGAGGGUCAUCAGGGCCUGUGCUCUAAAGAAGGACCUGGAGCUGCUCCCGGAUGGAGACCUGACUCAGAUCGGGGACCGAGGAGCCACACUCAGCGGGGGGCAGAAAGCACGAAUCAACCUGGCGAGGGCUGUGUAUCAGGAUGCAGAUAUCUACCUCCUGGACGACCCCCUGAGCGCCGUGGAUGCUGAGGUCGGGAAACAUCUUUUCGAGCAGUGCAUCUGUGGCCUGCUGAAGAACAAGUCUCGUAUCCUGGUCACCCACCAGCUGCAGCAUCUCAAGCCAAAUGACCAGGUUCUGGUCUUUAAAGAGGGUCAUGUCAUGGCGCAGGGAACCUACAAGGAGCUGCAUUCGACUGGUCUGGACAUGACGUCGCUGAUGAGGAGCGAGGAGGAGCACGAGCAAUGGCCCCGCCCCCGGUCAGGUGACUCAGACAAACUGUCGCUGCGCAGCCAGACGACAAACUGCUCUCAAAGCAGCCUCCUGCCGCCGGAGAGCAACCGGACAGACCAACUUCCUGCUGAAACAGUCGGCACCAUGGCCGAGGAAACACGAGAAGAAGGACACGUCAGUGGCCACGUCUAUCUCAAGUACUUCACUGCAGGCUCCAACCUCCUGGUCCUACUGGUCGUAGUCCUGCUCAGUGUCAUAGCUGAGGUUGCAUACAUUCUUCAGGACUGGUGGCUUGUGUACUGGUCGAGAGCCAAGGGUUUGAACAGCACAGCCACUGUUGGCUACUCAAAUGGAAUCAACAUGACUCACACAGAUCAAACGUUCACACUCACGUUUUACCUCAGCAUUUACUCAGGUCUGACAGCAGCUGCCGUGGUCUUUGGCUAUGCCAGGAGUUUACUGAUCUUUCACGGGCUGGUGAGAUCGGCUCAGACGCUGCACAACAGCAUGUUCAACGCUGUCCUCCGCACGCCGGUUCACUUCUUUGACGUCAACCCUAUAGGAAGAAUUCUGAACAGGUUUUCAAAAGACAUCAGCCAGAUGGACUCGAUGUUACCCAUCACCUUUGUGGACUUCUAUCAGUUAUUUCUGCAGAAUACUGGCGUGGUGGUGGUGGCAGCCUCGGUCAUCCCUCUCAUCCUGAUCCCCAUCAUCCCACUGAUUCUUCUCUUCUUGUACUUGAGGCGUUUCUACCUCAGCACAUCACGAGACGUCAAACGUCUGGAGUCUACAACUCGCAGUCCCGUCUUGUCCCAUCUGUCUACGUCUCUUCAAGGCCUGUGGACAAUUCGAGCCUUCAGAGCUGAGGACAGGUUGAAGAAAGCCUUCGAUGCUCAUCAGGAUCUGCAUUCAGAGGCAUGGUUUUUAUUCCUGAUGACCUCCCGCUGGUUUGCACUUUGCCUUGACAGCAUUUGUGCCAUAUUUAUCACUUGCACAGCAUUUGCUUGCAUCUUCCUCAGAGAUGGGCUUGAGCCUGGAGCCGUGGGCCUGGUGCUCACUUAUGUUGUGACUCUAACGGGAAACUUCCAGUGGACCGUGAGGCAAAGUGCUGAGGUGGAGAACAUGAUGACAUCAGUGGAGAGGGUGGUAGAGUAUACACAGCUAAAGAGUGAAGCAUCCUUGGAAACCCAAAAGCAACUUCCUUCCGAUUGGCCAAGUCAAGGAAUGGUGACCUUCAACAAGUUAAACUUCUCCUACAGCUGCGACGGACCAGUGGUCCUCAAAGACAUCAGCAUCACCUUCCAGCCCAACGAGAAGGUUGGUAUCGUUGGGAGAACGGGUGCUGGGAAAAGCUCCCUGGUCUCAGCUCUGUUCCGUCUGGCAGAGCCUGAGGGAGAGAUCUACAUCGAUGGGGUUCUCACCUCUGAGAUCGGCCUCCAGGACCUGCGCCAGAAGAUGUCCAUCAUUCCUCAGGACCCAGUGCUGUUUACAGACACCGUGAGGAGAAACCUGGACCCUUUCAACCAGCACACUGAUGAAGACCUGUGGACGGCUCUGGAGGAGGUGCAGCUGAAGUCCGUGGUGGAGGGGCUUCCUGGGAAGUUGGAGAUGGUUCUGGCUGAGUCGGGCUCUAACUUCAGCGUGGGUCAGAGGCAGCUGGUGUGUCUGGCCCGAGCGCUGCUGAGGAAGAACCGCAUCCUCAUCGUGGACGAGGCCACGGCCAACGUGGACCCCAGGACAGAUGAACUGAUCCAACAGACCAUAAGGGAGAAGUUCAGAGAAUGCACCGUUAUCACCAUCGCUCAUCGACUCAACACCAUCAUAGACAGCGACAGGAUACUGGUUCUCAACAGCGGCACCAUCCAGGAAUUAGACCGGCCCUUCACACUGCUUCAAAACAAAGAGGGGGCUCUUUACAAAAUGGUGCAGCAGAUGGGUCCAACUGAGGCAGCCGCCCUGCUGGAGUCAGCCAGACAGGCAUCAAAGCCAUCCUGACAACCUGACAGCAGAUUUUAAACCAAGACACUCCAGAUGAAAGAAGUACCAGAGCACAACUGAGCUACCUGACACUGUUUUUUUUAUAUGUCUCAUUGUCACUGUCUCAUAUCCUCUUUUGUUUUGAUAAAGUUUUACAUGUACAA